AUGAAGCUCAACAUCUCCUACCCGGCCAAUGGGUCUCAGAAGAUCAUCGAGGUUGACGAUGAGCGCAAGCUCCGUCCCUUCAUGGAGAAGCGCAUGGGAACCGAAGUUGCCGGCGACUCUCUCGGUGACGAGUUCAAGGGUUACAUCCUCAAGAUCACCGGUGGUAACGACAAGCAAGGUUUCCCCAUGAAGCAGGGUGUUCUCCUCCCCACCCGUACCCGCCUCCUCCUUGCCGAUGGCCACAGCUGCUACCGCCCCCGCCGCACUGGUGAGCGCAAGCGCAAGUCCGUCCGUGGUGCCAUCACCGGUCAGGACCUCGCUGUUCUUGCCCUGAGCAUCGUCAAGCAGGGUGAGGGUGAGCUUCCCGGUCUCACCGACACCGUUGUCCCCAAGCGCCUCGGCCCCAAGCGUGCCACCAAGAUCCGCCGCUUCUUCGGUCUCGACAAGAAGGACGACGUCCGCAAGUUCGUCAUCCGUCGUACCGUCACCCGUGAGGGCAAGCCCGACUACACCAAGGCCCCCAAGAUCCAGCGUCUGGUUACUCCCCAGCGUCUCCAGCGCAAGCGCCAGCGCAUUGCCCUCAAGCGCCGUCGUGCUGAGGCUGCCCGCGAGGCUGCUAACGACUACGCCAAGCUCCUUGCCAGCCGUGUCCACGAGGAGAAGGCCAAGCGUGAUGAGCUCCGCAAGCGGAGAGCGUCUUCGAUGAGGAAGUAA